GUCGCGGAGAAGUGAUGAGCAGUGCUGUGUGAUUGCUUUACUGAAAGGAAAGCGGUGGGUAAGUUUGUUCGAGAUGCUGUAACCGCACCGCUGCCGCUUUAUUCCUUCUUCCGCGCGUUGUAUUGAGCCGCUGGGAAACAUUUAUAUUGGGAAAGGAUUUGGCCAAUUUCGGCGCAUAGUGUUACAGAGCAGGGGCGGCUGGUCGGCCGUUUGAGAGAAAUAUUUAAAACAUGGCACAUUUGGAGAAAUCCCAUGAAAGUGUUGACAGGUUCAUCUGCAUUUAUCCAGCUUACUUAAAUAGCAAGAAAACUAUUGGUGAGGGAAGACGCAUUCCUGUUGAAAAGGCUGUGCAGAACCCGACCUGUUUGGAGAUUGCAGAUAUAUGUCGUGCCAACAAGCUGAAUGUAGUUGUGGAGGGGGAUAAAAUGUACACUCGGGAGUGGAACAGAGAUGCUCAGUUCAGGGGCAGAGUCCGGGUGCAGCUCAGAAACGAAGACGGAACUACUUGCGUGGAGAAACUUUCAUCAAGGAAAGCUGUAAUGCUCCGAGUAGCAGAAGAAAUCCCAAAGCUGAAGAGCAGAACACAGAAGAGUGGAGGCGGAGAGCAGAGUGCACAACAGGGAGACGGUGGGAAGAAGAACAAAAAGAAGAAGAAAUGAUUUGUCUGCAAUAGACAUUGAACUGAGUGUGAGUGGUGCCAGACUCAUGGGGAACCUAACGCUACAUUUACAUUUCUGAAAGUAACACGUUUCAGAGCUUAGAAGUGCUUAGUAAAUUCAGCUCUGUUUGAUUUAUAAAGGCUCAUCUGAACAGAAAAUCCUGAGUUUAUUUUCCAAGAAUCCUUCUCAGAAUAAAAGCAACGUAAUGUUCAUCACACGUAUAAUAAAGCAGCAAGACGCAAUCUGUUCAACUCCAACCCUGACUUUUGUUUUUAUUGCAGCAAACAAGGCCUAGGAACACCCUAUGGAAAUACUAUUUCCACUAAUGCAAGGUUUUUUUUUUGUUUAUCAGAAGGCAAUGGGUUUACAGUUAACCAUCACUAAUCCAUGAAUGAACCCAGUUUCACAAAGGAAUAAACCAUAAUUCAAAAUGUGUGAAGUUCUCCGUGUUUUGAAGAGAUGAAUAGUAAGUUGGAAAUAUGACUGAGCAUUUAGCCACUCAAGAAAGAAGUUAGUUGUAAUACUGUUUUGUAUCCCACAAGACUGAUUGUGUAACCUUUACUGGUGUUCCUAUGCAUUAAAAUGGCACAACCCA